AUGAAAAUCAUUAUCACUAUUCUGUUUUUUGUCUUUAUACUUUCUAGUUUAAUAAUCAAAGGAUUUCGUAAACCUGUUGAAUUUAACGAUAUAUGGCGAUUAGAUUCACAGCAUUUAUCAGUCAAUGUAUCAAAGAUAUUCUUAACUAACUUGGACAAAUAUUUAAUACCAAAUAAAUCAACUAAUAAUUAUCUUGAAAAACGUCGUGCUUCUAUGGGAAAUAAUAUACAUCAUGGUACUAAUGAUUCAUCAGAUAGUGAAUUUCGACGUAGAUCAGCACAAAGUAUUCUUGGCUUUGGUAUUCCACAACAUAAUAAAUAUUUAUAUAAAUCUGGAUUAACAAAUACCUAUUCAGAUGAGAUGAAUAUAAGAAGAGCUAGUGAAGGUAUUGCUUUAUUGAAUAAUAAUAAAACAUCACUUCAAAUUAACAAUAAUGAUAUUCAUCUCGAAACUGAUUUAAACCAUAAAACUCAACAAAAUGAAUCAUUACAAUCAAUUGAUAAUCGAAUGGAUUCAAUAAAUCAUGAUUUACCAUCCAGUACUAUUAUAGGUUUUUCUAAAGAUCAACCAACACGUCGAUCUGUACGCAUACAUGUUGGUACUAAACCAGAAUAUAUACCGGAAUUAUCAGAGAUAAAUACAGAUUCUGCAAGUUAUACACCGAUAAAUGAAAAUUCCGAAUUCUUUAUGAAAGAGAUCGAUCAUAAAUCACCUAUUAAUGACCAAUCAAACAAUCAUCUAAUUAAAGGGAAAACUGUUACUACAAAUGAUGAAUUAAAUAAAUCGAUUGAAAUUAAUCAAAUUAAUCCAGUAAUGAUGAAAUCAUCCUCAUCCUCAUCCUCAUUAUCAUUAUCAUCAUCAUAUCUAUGUCAUUGUUUCUCUAUUAUUUGUAUUCAUAAAAUGAAAUUUAGUUUAUUAUAUGCAUUAAUGAAAACUUAUGGGAAAACAUUAUUAUGGUCAGCAUUUUUAAAAUUUUUAUAUGAUAUAUUAGUAUUUGUUAAUCCAUUAUUAUUAAAGUUAUUAUUGAAUUUUCUACAAAAUACUCAAUCAGAACCAAUAUGGCAUGGUUAUUUAUAUGCUAUAGCAAUAUUUAUUGAUACAUCUGUACAAUCAUUAAUAUUACAAAGUUACUUUCAUAUUGUAUUCAAACUUGGUAUGAAUAUUAAAACAGCAAUUACUGCAGCUGUAUACAGAAAAAGUCUACGAUUAAGUAAUAAAGCUCGGUAUCAAUCAACUACUGGACAGAUUAUGAAUUUAAUGUCAUCUGAUGCACAACAAUUUGUCCAAUUAAUGCCAUUUAUAAAUAUUCUAUGGUCGGGACCAUUUCAAAUAACAAUUGCUAUGGUAUUUCUAUGGAGAGAAUUAGGGCCUUCUGUAUUGGCUGGUGUCGCUGUUCUAUUGUUACUUUUACCACUUAAUGUUUUGGUAGCACGUCGAUCAAAAAUCUUUCAAGAGAAGAAGUCUUCAUGUGCAGAUAGUCGAAUAAAGUUUAUUAACGAAUUGAUGAAUGGUAUACGAGUAUUAAAACUUUAUGCUUGGGAACCAUCAUUUAUGAGAGAAAUUGGUCUUAUUCGAGAUCAAGAAGUUAAAUAUUUACGAAAAUUCACAUAUCUUCAGUCUUUAUCGUUUUUAUGGCAUUGUACACCAUUUUUUGUUGCUAUUUCUAGUUUUGGUGUAUAUAUAUUAACAUCGGAUAAGAAUAUAUUAGAUGCCCAAAAAGCUUUUGUUUCAUUAUCUCUAUUCAAUAUACUUCGUUUUCCAUUAUUUAUGUUUCCAAUGAUUAUAAGUAAUUUAGCACAAUGUUAUGUUUCUAUUGGUCGUUUGACUAAAUUUUUGGCUCAUACAGAACUUGAUAUGGAAUCUUAUUCAAAAGAGGAUACACUGGUAUAG